CCGGCUCAGUAGCCGACGGUAUGUCUCGUUUGUGUGUGUGUUUCCUGUACAUCUUCGCCGCGUCCGUGGUCCAGACGGGAAGGGGCCACGGUUUCUACUAUACGAAGCAUGUGUCUAUAUUCAGGAGGCAAUCAGAAGAAGAGUGCCGGGUUUGCUUCGGGCAUGACUGUGUGCCUCUCACUGAAAUUAAAUGUCAGUACUACAUGGCGACAUCGGAGCUGCAAAACGAACCUGACGAUGAGGAGGUGACUCCCAACAAUGAGCUGCAGGUCAAGCUGGACACCGUGCUGUAUGACUACAUUGAUAGCCAUCAAGACUACGAUAAUGUGGCCUGUAUAUCCAUGUUAUCAACAUACACUGAUUGUCAUAAAGAUAACAUUUGCACAGGCUGCACCACCUGCACCUGUGACGAAGGCAGGUGGGUGUGCGCCGUGGAGGAAUGCCAUGCCGAGAGACUGGACUUCAACAGACAACUGUCAGUCGCUUUGGCUAGCUUGAAAUCUUUAGUUGCAGAGACAGGAUCAGAGAAUCAGGACAGAAAGAAGCGGUCGACUAACAAAACUAAAGGAAAUGAAUUCGAAUCGAAAAUAACUUUCGAAGAACUGUCCCUAUGGAUGAAUGACACGAAAAUGAGGCUAGAGGAAAAAGUUAAUUAUAUAGCUCAGACAACAGAGCAACAUGUGAAAGCAACUACAAAUAAUUCAGAGGAUUUGGGAUUUGAGGAAGUCCUAAGCAACAUCGCUUUAGAUAACAACAAAAUUCGAAGAAAAAAGCCGAAACUAGAACCAGUGGACGGUGACUACGUGCGCUUCGUAGAGAUAGUAACUGGUCAUAAUGCCACAGACGUACAUACAAAUAGAUAUGCAGACAAAGUUGAAAUAGAAGAUACGCGUUUUAAUGAUGACAAUUCUUUCAAAGUAGACCUCCUUGAGAAUCUAAAAGCUAGAUUGGAAAAGCAAUUUAAAAUAGGAAACAACACAGUUCCAGGUAUUGAUAAAGAAAAAGAACACAACUUUGAAAUUAACAACUACUUAGAUGACGUUAACUCUCUCGGUAUAGUUAAAAGAGAUGUGUCAAAAACUAAAGAUGCUAAUAUUUUGCCGGAUGAAGAAAAAGCAAGUAAUAAUAAUGACACAAUGAAUGAUUUUAAAAAUAAUGUUCUUUAUCCAUUGAUAAGCAUAAUCAGUGACAAAGAAAAUGAACUUAAUCAACUGUUUGCAAUAAAAAAUAGUCUUAUAGCACUUAUCGAAGGAAUGGAUAGCAAUUUCACUUUAGACAUGGCAAAGAUUAAUAGUACAUCAAGAAACAAAACACUUUUCUCAAUAUAUAAACUUGAAAUAGUUCCUGAAACAGCUUUAUCUGAGGAGCGUCUUGAAACCAGAAGAGUGGGAGGAAAAUUUAAAGGAAUACUCAUGGGAAAAGAUGGCAAAGGUAUUCAUAUUUUAGAUAUGUAUUUACAAAAAUUGCGUCACGAUGUCUUUGAAAUCAUCAGAGACUUGAGAGGAAUAAAGCAGUCUGUGCGUUCCAAAAAAUUACCAAGAGAUUUAACAUUAUUAUUGCGUGGGUUGAAUCAUUACGUGCGUAGUCAAGGACUGUCAUAUAUGAAGAACUAUCAACAUCUUAAUAAGUUGAGACGAUUUUUGCCUUAUGAUAAUAAGGCAAAACGUAUGGCUCUUGAAUUGUUAGAGCUUUGUGAUAAAGAAAUAGGCGCACAAGGUUCUAUAAACCAAAUUUCAGAUACUACUAAAGGUAUACUGCAAAGAAUUGUGAAACAAAAUCAAAUUGAUGAUUUUGUAGAUUUUGGAGUAAAGAUAAGUAGUCCUGAAGAUACUCUCAGUAAAGAUUUGAAAACAGUUGGUUCUAAGUGGCCGGAUAUUUCUGAGAAAUUCUUAAAUAUCUCUCCUUCAGACAAACUUUACAAUUUGAAACUAUUGCACCUUAUGUUGACAGUAGACAUAGACAAAAUGACCAAUGCUAUGAAACUUUUGAAUUUUGCUCAAAAUAGACGUGUCAAUUUAGACACAACUUUAAGUGAUGAAGUAAUGACUAAAGUACAAAAUGAUAUCGCAGAUUUGAACGAUAAAAUUCAAAAAUACGUAAUAAAAGAUUCUGAAAGAAGUGACUCAAUAAAACAAAGCUUUGACUCUAUGGAAUCUACGAAAAGUAGAUCGUUUUUAAAACAAAUUAAAAGUCUAUUCAAGACUUCGAGAAAUGACAUACGAACAAUGCUAAAUAAGAAGGUUUCUAAAUCAGAUAUUGUGAAAGAACUAGCGAAGAACAAAUUGGGCGAGCUGGCGAAGAAGAAAAUGGCUCAAUACGAGAACACUCUGAAGAAAUGGCAGUCCAAAUUGAGAGUGAAGACUAAAAGAUCAGUUUAUGAUUUCAUACAAGUAAAGGGUCAAAUGAAAAAUAUCCUGCCAUCGUAUCUUAGGGGAAAAGUAACACCGGCCAUUAGCAAAUCGAUGAAAGAACGCCAGUCGAGGAGGUAUAUAAUGUACGAAAACAACACGAAAGAUGUUAAAGGACAUAAGGUACAACAUAACAACAAAACCACAGUUAAGCACAAAGUGACAACUCCAAAAACAAAAGUUGGGCAAGAUACAGGAAAAUCUCUCAGGAAAAGCAAAGGAAAUAACACUAAAACGACGACCCCACGUGCCAAAAUUGGAAACAAAACCAGAAAAAUUACAAAGACCACAGUUCAAAUUAAAACAACAACCUCGAAAGCAAAAAUUGGUAAAAUAAAAUAAAAGACUGCUCCGAAGAAUGUUAGUACAAUGAAUCAAAAGUUAACGACAGUCAAAAGACAGUCAAAUAAGAUUAUUUAAGGUUUAAAAUAAGUACAAAUAUUAUAAGAAUUAAAAGUA